GGAGUUGAUGGCAACGAGGUCGAAUUAGUUUCCUCGAGUGCUGUGGCCAAAUCGGCUUCAACAUGUUGCAAAGCUCCGUGGGGUUUCCAGCUUCAGGUUGAUGUCAUUCAAUCUACCCAGUACUCUCUACUCUGUACGAGACAUCCGAUUGCGUUUCCGCGAUGUAUUAUUGUUCUUCCGUACUAUUUUCACUGACCUCUUUCUUUUUCUUCUUUUUCCUUUCUGCUGUUUCUUUCAAAGGUGGACGUUUCGCCAACGUCGUCGUCGUCAAACACAAGUCCGGUUUACGUAUACGUACGUAUAACUCCCACGACAUAUCGCGUGGGUGCAUCUCAGAGACAAAGCAACCCGAAGGCGACGACGACGAUGACACGCGCGGCGCGCCCGCCUUCUUCUCGUGCCAGUUAACAUGAUACCGGAGUGCGCGCCGCGUUCUCGUUUUUCUUCUCCCGUGUAACCGGGGAAGGAAGCACUGGCCAAGCCGGGAAAAGGCACGGAGGGGCUUUUCAAAGUUCUUCAGGCUUGAAGCCUCGCCGAUCCACGGCCUUCUAUGAAAAAGAAAAAAAAAAAAAAA